CCUCACCACCAUUAUUUUCACAGUAACAUGUGGGAGGAACUACUUCCGGUUCUACAGUGGCGUGAAGAGAUCGUGGCACAAAGGGAACAGACUAUGCCUUUCCUGCACGGCUUCAGGAGGAUCGUGUACGAGUACCAGCCGCUGGUGGAUGAAGUGAUGUGUGUCCUGGGAAUAGAAGGAGAAAACCAGCGCAGGCGAGAUGAUGAUGAAAGCGUCUCUGGGUCUCUUGUGGAGCUUCUGGACAGAGAGUCUCAGUCUCCCGUCUUCAUGGAGGGCAUCAGUUACUCUCUGUUUCGAGUGGCUGAUCUCGGGUUGGUCAGCGCAGCACAGGUGCUUCUGCGUUACGGAGCUGAUCUCAACUUUGAAGAUCCUGUGUCAUACUACAACCCCUUACACAUUGCAGUGUUGAGAAACAAGCCAGACAUGGUGCAGAUGUUGAUAUCUCAUGGAGCUGAAAUCGAAAAGAGGGACAGGAUUCAUGAAUGCAGCCCUCUUGAUUUGGCCGGUGAGGAGGUGGAUAGGUUGCCGUGUCUGCGUGUGCUUCUGGAUUUGGGUGCUGAUGUGAAUGCAAAAGACAAGAAUGGAAAAACGGCACUGCUUCAUGCUCUGGCCAGCAGUGAUGGACUCACAGUCAAUAAUUUGGACAAUAUACAGCUGCUUCUAGAAAGAGGUGCAGAUGUGAACACCAUCACACACGAUGGCGAGACCCCCAUGUCAUCACUCACGUUCCUGGUGAAGGAGGCUCUGGACAGCAGCGUGGAGGAUGCGAAGGAGAUCGGCCACUUCUGUACCCGCGUGGCACAUCUUCUGAUCAACCACGGCGCCGAUCCCAGCUGCUGCUUGAACGCUACCGACGGGGAACUGUGGGAGCAUUCGCUAACCUACACCAGUCUGGAGAACUUCGACUUGCUGUUUCCCCUGACAGCCCUUUUACUCCAGCAUGGCGCUUCCUUUGUCUGCUCUCACCACAGCACCUCCUACUGGACAGGUCACCAGCUGAUAUUCACACGUCUCGCUGAAGCUCUCCGGGAAGCUUUAGAUGCUGCCGAGGCGGCUGAUGUUUUAGCCAAAGCUGAAGUGCUGUUGGAUCUGGCCAGAAUCUGCUGUCCGGUCAUUCCUCCUCUCUUCCCCCGCUCAGGACUGCCCGUGCUGGAUCAGACAUCUACCCAUCAGCCCCUGCUGGAGCUCUACAGCAGACUAGAGGAGCAAGAAAGGCAGCCGCUGCCAAUGAGGUCUCUUUGCAGGAGACUCAUCCGCCUGUGUCUGGGGCCCUGGCCCUUUGAGGAGAAGGUGAAAGCCCUGCCCCUGCCAGACAGACUGAAGGACUCGCUGCUCCCAGAGAAGAGCUGGACGGACAGAGCCGGCUGGGACGGAUUCAAACCUCGACGAUCUCAACGCUGAGACACACCAUUUAUAUGUGUGCCUGUAAACAUAAAGCCCUUAAUGUUCACUGCAUUCAUUAAAACUCAGAUAAAAAAGACUCUGUGCCUGACUCUUUUGAUCAACAUGCGGAAAGAUCAUUUUCCUGGUGAUCUGAGAGUGAGAAUUAAAAAAUAUAUAUAUAUAAGUGUUAUAAAUGUCACGCAAAUGCUGUGACGUGGUGUUUUCUGUGUCAAAAUAACCAUGAUGUCACUGUCUUACACAUUACCAGGUGAUUUCCUGUUCAUUUUUGUAUCUAUAUAUCUUUCAGUUUGAAAAUUGCUAAUUGUUUACAGUUAAAUCUUUACUAUCAUGUACAGCUUCACUUCCAUAUGUACUAUGAAUCAUUUUGGUGUGUUGUGUGUGUUUAUUUUUAAGAUAAUUGGAAUCAGCCUUCAUUUUUUGCAUAAUCAUAUAUGUGAUGUACUUGAUGUGCCUUAAGAAGAGCAACUUUGUAGCCGGGGCAUUGAAGAAAUGUUUGAAUCUCUUGCAUUGUAAAUUGUGUAAAUAUAGUUUGAAGC